AUGCCACCACCUGAAAUACCAAAGCUACAGAACUACUCUGGUCUAUCAUCAUUCCUACAGGAGUUCAAGAAUGCUGGUUCAACAGAUGCAGUGCCACCUGCACCCCUAAUCAGUCGUGAUAAAGUAGACAGAGAGAAGAGAGAGAAGAUACAACUACAGAAUAAUGAGAAGAAUCAGAAACUUUUGAAGCAAUGGGACCCUCAUUCAAAUACCAAGUCGACAGGUGACCCUUACAAGACAUUGUUCGUCUCGAGGAUCAGCUACAAAACCUCUGAACAACAACUUACCGAGUACUUUGAACAGUUUGGACCCAUAAAGAAGAUAAGACUGGUGACUGACCAGGAGGGCAAGUCCAAGGGCUACGCCUUCAUCGAGUUUGAGAAGGAGAGAGAUAUGAAGAACGCAUACAAGUUAGCUGAUGGUGAGAAGUUGGAGGACAGGAGAAUGUUGGUCGACAUUGAGAGAGGAAGAGUUAUUAAGAAUUGGAAGCCAAGGAAGUUUGGAGGUGGACUCGGUAACACAAGACUGGGUGGUCCAGAUGUCAAUCAGACAUUCUCAGGCCGUGAGCUUAAUGAGAAGCGCGAGAUGGAUAAGCGUCGUGAGGAAAUGGAGAAAGAGAGAGGCAGUGGUGGUGGUGGUGGCGGUCGACCAUCUUUCCAAUCGCGAGGUGGUGGCCCAGAGCGCAGAGAUAACAGUUCUGGAUUCCGUGAUAGACGUCCCUAUGACAGACCGUCGGGAGGUGGCCGUGGAGGAUACAGUGGCGGCGACAGAGGUGGUGGCGGUGGUGGCGGCGGCUAUGAACGCAGAGAUGACAGAGGUGGCCACGAGUCAAGAGGCUCGUACGGCGGUGGCGGAGACAGAGGAGACAGAAGUGAAAGAGGAGGAUAUAGUAGCAACAGAGACAAUGGCAGCAGUGGAGGAGGCGGCUACGACCGCAGAGACAGCAGCAGCGGCGGAGGUUACAACAGCAGCAGCAGAGAUGGUGGCGGUGAUCGCGGCGGCAGAGAUGACCGUGGAAGAGAAGACCGCGGCAGCAGAGACGAUCGCGACAGAGGAGGACACAGCAGCAGCAGAGACGACAGAGGAGGCGGAGGUGGAUAUCGCGAUGAUCGUGGCAGCCGAGAUGACAGAGGAGGCAGAUCGUCAAGUGGAGGAGACUACAGAAGACACGAUCACGAUGGUGGACAUCGUGGCGGUGGAAGCAGUGGCGGAAGGGAGAGAGAACGCGACAGAGAAUAUUGA